AUGCUUGACAACAUCGACUGCUUGCAUUGGAAGUGGAAGAAUUGCCCGAAUGCUUGGAGGGGGCAACACUUAAGCGGCGACAAAGGCGACGGUCCAACGCUCAUCCUCGAAGCGGUCGCUGACUACCGCCUAGGGAUUUGGCAUGCAUAUUUUGGUGCGGCCGGAUCCAACAACGACUUGAACGUGCUCUACUCUUCCCCCCACUUCAAAGAUCUUUUAGAUGGUGUAGCACUGAUCGACUUCACUAUCAACGACCAUCCAUACCACAUGGGGUACUAUCUCGCCGAUGGUAUCUACUCAAGGUGGCCGACUUUCGUGAAGACGUUCAACACGCUGCAAGACCCGAAACGGAUUCUUUAUACGCAGCGUCAAGAGGCUGAUCAGAAAGACGUUGAAAGAGCUUUUGUGGUCCUUCAAGCCCGAUUCAACAUUGUGAAGACAUCGUCUCGGAUGUGGUACGCAAACAAUAUUGCUGACAUCAUGUACACGUGUAUUAUCUUGUACAACAUGAUUAUAGACGACGAAGGACCGAGGGAGGCUAACUUUUUCGACGAGGAUGAAGCCGGAUGCUCAACCGCAAGGUCUCCCACACGCCGAGGUGUGCAUACUACGGUGCGUGAGAGGAGCGAAAGAAGAUUGACAAUACGCGACACCAAAGCCCACAUCGAACUACAAGAAGACCUAAUUAACCACAUUUGGGAGAAAUUCGGCCACGAGUUGUGUUUUUUUUAA